CGCCGCCAUGGACUCCAACAACAACAAUAACUCAGCAGGGGGCGUUAUCUCCUAUGUGGGUUCCUGCGGAGGCUCCCCAUCCAGAGCCAGUCCGGACUCCAUGUACAGCGAGAACUCCAACCCCUGCUUCGCCUCCUCCUCUUUACCAUCCUUCCUGAGCAGCAGCUCCAGCUCGGGAUCAGCAGGAGACGACGGCUCCUCCUCCACCUCCUCCUCAGCAGGAGGGUCUCCUCGAGGCCGGGACGAUGGUGGAGAUGGCAGCAGCGGCAGCAGCAGCAGCUCUCAGAGGGCUUCGCCCAGCAAAUCAGUGGCCAGUUUAAACAAGCUAAACGGCAUGGUGCUGCUCUGCAAGGUCUGCGGGGACGUGGCCUCCGGCUUCCAUUACGGCGUUCACGCCUGCGAAGGAUGCAAGGGUUUCUUCCGCCGCAGCAUCCAGCAGAACAUCAAGUAUAAGAAGUGUCUGAAGAGCGAGAGCUGCACAAUCAUGCGUACCAACAGGAACCGCUGCCAACAGUGUCGCUUUAAGAAGUGCCUUUCUGUGGGCAUGAGCCGAGACGCUGUUCGUUUCGGUCGGAUACCGAAGCGAGAGAAGCAGAGGAUGCUGGCUGAGAUGCAGAGCGCCAUGAACAACAUGGUGAACAACCAGCUGCAGAACGACUUCCAGCUCGCCAGUCUGUCCUCUUCCCCGUCCUCUUCGUCCUCUCCCUGCCCAGGUGUGACCAUCGCCCCCCAGCCUCAGCCUUCAGCUCUCCCAGUCGCUCCUUCUCCACCCUCACCACCUCCGGCACCAGCUUCUUCCUCUCCUCCAUCGCCGCCUCCUCCUCCUCCUCGUCCUCCUCCCUCAUGUCAGAGUUCCUCCUCAUCCUCACCCAUCCCCGGGACUGACUCCACCAUCGACGCCAUCGCCCGCGCUCACCGUGAAACCUUCUUGUAUGCACAUGACAAACUGACCAAUCCCCACGAUCCACCUCAUCAGCAACUAAACAGCCACGCCCACCACCACGGGGAGGCGGAGCUUCGGACCAUCAGCUGUCAUAACGGCUUCAUUUCCAAUGACUGCAGCCAGAACGAUAGCAACAGUCAUCAGAAGAGCUUCAAUUGGCACCUGCUGCAGGAUCACAGCUCCACGAACAAUCACCAUGGCAACAGGGGGUGGAGUUUGAGUCCCUGUAAUGUGAAUGAAGGACGGAGUCCUGUGGCUAAGCGGCAGAGCUGUCCGUUGAAGAGCCGGCCUGGGAUUAUUCUGGCUUGUCCAAUGAACAUGCAGCCUCAUGCAGACCCUUCAAAGAGCCCUCAGGAGAUCUGGGAGGACUUCUCGCUGUCUUUCACCCCUGCUGUCAAGGAGGUGGUGGAGUUCGCCAAACAUAUCCCAGGAUUCAGCGCUCUGUCCCAGAACGACCAGGUCACCCUGCUGAAAGCGGGAACCUUUGAGGUUCUGAUGGUGCGCUUCUCCUCGUUGUUCAACGUGGCGGAGCAGACGGUGACCUUUGUGUCUGGUGCCACCUACUCCUUGGAGGAGCUCCAGGCGAUGGGGAUGACUGACCUGCUGACGGCCAUGUUUGAUUUCAGCCACAAACUGGCUUCCCUGGAGCUGAACGCCGAGGAGCUGGGGCUGUUCACCGCCGUGGUUCUGGUGUCUGCAGAUCGCUCCGGGAUCGAGAACCUUUCGUCUGUGGAGCAUCUCCAGGAGAACCUGAUCCGAGCGCUCCGCGGUUUGGUCAACAAGGCGACCGGCGUGGGCGACGGCGUCCACCCCUACAUGGACUCACCGCGGUUCACCAAACUGCUGCUGCGGCUGCCGGACCUGCGCACGCUCAACAACAUGCACUCAGAGAAGCUGCUGUCCUUCCGCAUCGACCCCUGACGACCUCACAUGGCGUCCCCGUAUCAAAGGCAUGCUCCCCGCCAAAUUAAGAGUCUGCUUUGUCAGCUGCUCCUAAGGAGAAAUUACUCUGAUUCCCACUUCCUGUUGGGAAGUCAUCAUCCUUGAUAACGCUCCACAAUAAACCUCCAGAUUCCCUCUAUAAAGGGAGGGGGAGCAAAACGGAGACAAAAAUCCUGAACUUUCCAAACCUGCUGAACUUUACGGCAGACUGGCAGCAGCGGCGGAUCCAGAAGCUCUGCAGACUCUGACUGCAUCAGAACUUCCUGCACAAAGUGCUUAAAGACAAACAUCCAGGUCUUCCUGACGGUUCCUGAGGGAUCCGCUCAAUCCUGGUUCAGCUCUCUGCCUCGUCGACACCAGCAGCCAAUAGUGAGGAUGCAGCAUUGACGGACAGCUCCGUGGACCAAUGAGACGGCUGGAUGCAGAGGGCUGCUGAUCUUCAGCCUGAAACCUGUAAAUAACAUCCAGUCAUACUUGAAGUGUUGAUAUUUGUUACUCGUUUGCGUUCUGAAUAAAAUACUGUAUGAAUUUGAAUAAUAUGGAUAUUAUUAUUAUUAAAGAGUGGCGCACAAAGCUUUUGUUCAGCAAGAAAAUCUUUGUAUAUCUGUAUUUUAAUCUGUUUUAAAGACUGUUUAUGUAAUUCUAUAAAUUCUAACUGAAGAUGCUGAUCUGUGGCUCCUUUCCUGUUUUUACCGUUUCACCUGAAAUCAGAGCAGCUCUCCACGUUUUAUUACUUUUCAUGAAAAUAAGUUUUAAAGAAAACUCAGAUCUGCAGUUAAACCAAAUUACUGAUCAUAGAUGAUGAAAUAAAACAGGAUUAAAAAAUAAAAGAGAUAAAGCUUAAUACAGAGAGCUGUGAGGAGACAAACAGCGACCCCUGCUGGCAGCUAUACAGAUUAAAAUAAGGAAAAAGGUAUUUAAGAACUAAAGGGAAAAAUGUGUUUUCUUUUUUCAGAUGUUGCUCUUUCUAAUGUGCAAAAUGUGAUUCUAAACUAAACAAUUGAAUGUAAACCAAUAAAAUUCCAUU